AUGGAUAACGGAGCAGAGCUUGGCCACCAAGGCGAAGCCACCGACGCGGCCCAUGACGACUCCGGCGGCGCCUCGGAGGCCGCGGCGGCCCUGGCUUGCAACUGCUGCCGGCGCCGCAAGCUGCGAUGCUCCCGGGAGGUGCCGAAUUGUCAGCAGUGCCGCAAAACUGGAAGUGAAUGCGUGUAUGAGUCCAAGAGAUCCAAGCCUGGGAUGAAGGCCGGGGCUAUUGAGAAUCUCCAUCGCAGACUGGAUGCCUUGGAGAGAACUGUUCACCAGCAGAGGGCGAAUCCCCCGGACCGAAGACAGUCUGGGUCGGAUACGUCUCCCAAUCGAGACACCCCUGGUAGUACUACCGAUCUUGAGAAGAAUGCUUACAACAUCAUGUCAUUCUUCGCCAAAGAGCUACAGAAGUUCAACGCAAAGUCCUCUAGGCCAAUCAGCGGAGCACAUCUCCAAGGGGGGGAUGACCAGCUACCACGGACGAAGCGUCGUCGUCUCGAAAAUCAUGAUGAAGCAUAUCCUUCACGUGGUAGCAAUAUGCUAGUUCUGCCGGAGGAAGAGAUCCUUCAAGUCGUAUUCCAAGCCUACUUCUCACACGUUCAUCCGUGGAUCCCAAUCUUACAUGAAGCUACAUUCCGUCGACGACUUGCUGAGCCUCAUGAUUUCGAAGCAUUGAGGGUGGUGUUACACGCGAUGGUCUUAGCCGGUUCCCGGUAUAUUGCUGAUGAGGAUACCGCCACGACUGCCUUUGGAAACCCGCAACAGCGAGUGAUGGCAAGAGACUGGGUCGUGUCCCAAGCAAUGAAACAUCUCACCGUCGAAAGUCUACAGGCUCUAAUCAUUGUCGCCUUCAAUGACAUCGGAAGCGGCGAGGCGGCUCAAGCCUGGUCUCUCGUAGGCUCACUUACACGGACCGUCGAGUACCUUCAACUCACAAUCGAGCAUGACGACGCGGAGAGACUUUCCCUAUCUCAACCUUUCGUUUCGUUGCCGCCACCAGAUAACUGGACCGAAGCCGAGGAGCGGAGGCGGGUCUUUUGGAACGUAUUCAAACUCGACCGACUCAUCUCCGUCACCAUGGGUUGGAACACCAGCCUCACCUCCGACGACGUCCACUGCCGCCUCCCAUGCGACGGCGUCCUCUGGAGAAAAGAAGACCGAGUCGUCACCCCGUACUUCGGCAUAUGGGACAAAGCCGCCGGGCGCAUCGGAAAUCCGAUCGCCUUCAUACCCUCACACUACGCCCAAACAUCCCAAAUCACCACCGAAGAAGAGACCCAGACCCCAUCCGAGGCCGGUACCUCCCCCGGGGCCCAGAUCCCCAGCGUCGACAUGUCCACCGUCGGCGCUUUCGCCUACUGCAUCGAAGCAACCGAGUCUCUCAGCCGCGUCACGAGCUACUUCCUCCAGCAAAAGGUCAACAUGCGAGACCAGCGGGACAUCAGCAGCUGGCUCACCCGCUUCAAGGAGCUCGACCUGCGCCUAGUGCAUUGGAAGAUGCUGCUCCCGCAGAAGUGGAAGGCGAACAUGGCCCGCCAGUCGACGCGCAUGGACCCGAACCUAACGCUGGCGCACGUCACGCACAACACGUCCAUGAUCCUACUCCACCAGCUCAUCGCGUUCCCGCCGCGGGAGUGGGCUUUCCGGGCUCGGUUGCCGAGUAUUUUGAGCAUCGACACGUGCCAAGCUGCAGCUGUCGAGAUCGCCAUCAUUGCGGAGAAUUACCUGAAGCAUGCCCCGCCGACGAUGCCUGUGUCCAGCCAAUUUGCGUUCUGUAUUUACGUGGCUGCCAGGGUGUUACUCCUUCGAUGGAAGUAUGAUCUGGGCGGGGAGCUGGUGCCCGAGUUCUGGUCUCUGGUCCAGAUCCUCGACGAGAUGGCCGGCCGGUGGGCUGGUCCUCAUAGUCUCGAGCCGGCAAGGGACAACUUGGCCGGCAAGUAUUCUCGGAAACUCACCGAGAUGCAUUCCCGAUGUCGCGAGGAUGCAUCGUACAACAUCAAUGUGUUAGGGUACACCACCGAGAUCGACCACACCAGCUCCAAGGAUCCGCCAGUAUUCCCGCAACCAGCUCGGAACGGUGCCGCAAACCAAACCGCAUCCAAUCAAAGAUUGAACAACGCAAGAGUUGAUCCUAAGUUGUUACCGGCGACAGAGCCACGACAGGGCAUGGCCCCCAAUACCGACAGCAUAGUGGUCGCUCAGCAAUUCGCCCCUCCAGUCGUAAAUCCCAACCCAAACUCGGGCGGAAUCAUCGUUCACCCAGCGAUGGAGGAGAACGGCGUGGAGACAAUGACCCAGUCCAAUAUCUUUCACAGAAGCAGCGUAGGAAGCGGCGAACUCAGCAGCAUAUCUCAAAUGCUCCUCGACCAGCAAUUCGUCGACAUGGACCGGAUCAUCAGCUUCGACGACGGAAUUUUCGGCACCGAAUACGAAGGCGGCGGGUGGUAA